AUGCAUCUGAAGAAUGUGUUAGAAGUUCUAAAAGAGAAACAGUUGUAUGCAAAGUUCAAGAAAUGCGAAUUCUGGCUAGAUCGAGUUGUAUUCUUGGGACAUGUGAUAUCGGGAGUAGGACAUUCAGUUGACCCAAGCAAAUUUGAAGCCAUUAAUAACUGGCCACAACCUACAAAUCCAUCAGAAGUGCGUAGUUUUCUCGAACUGGCAAGAUAUUACCGUAGAUUUGUGGAAGGCUUCUCUAAAAUUGCUUCUUAUUUGACACAAUUGACCAGGAAGAAUGUGACAUAUAAAUGGACAGAAUCAUAUGAACAAAGCUUUCAAGAAUUGAAGAGACGAUUGACAUCAUCUCUUAUCUUAGCAAUCCCAACCGGGACUGGAGGUUUUAAAGUUUACAGUGAUGUUUCGAAGAAUGGUCUCGGGUGUGUAUUGAUGCAGAACGAUAAAGUGAUCGCUUAUGCCUCUCAACAGUUGAAAGAGUACGAAAAGAAAUACCCUACACAUGAUCUGAAGUUAGUAGCCGUGGAGUUUGCGCUCAAGAUCUGGAGACAUUACUUGUACGGUGAAUGUUGCGAGAUCUAUACCGAUCACAAGAGUUUGAAAUAUUUCUUCACCUAG